AUGUCGUCCGCCGCCCAGACGAAGAAGACGCGCAUCAUCUGCACGCUCGGCCCGGCCUGCUGGUCCGUGGAGAUGCUCGGCGUGCUCCUCGACGAGGGCAUGAACGUCGCGCGCCUCAACUUCAGCCACGGCGACCACCCGACGCACGCGCGGACGAUCGGCCGCCUCAAGGAGGCGCUCGCGCUCCGGCCCGGCGUGCACUGCGCGAUCAUGCUCGACACGAAGGGCCCCGAGAUCCGCACGGGCUUCUUCGCGCCGCCCUACGCCGACGGCAAGAUCGAGCUCAAGGCCGGGGCGCCCCUCACGCUCACGACGGACUACGACUACAAGUCCGACGGCACGAAGCUCGCGUGCACGUACGGCAAGCUCCCCCAGUCCGUGGCCCCGGGCAACCAGAUCCUCAUCGCCGACGGGUCCCUCGUCCUCGAGGUGAAGCAGGUCCUGUCGGCGACGGAGGUCGCGUGCGUCGUCAUGAACGACUGCGCGAUCGGCGAGCGCAAGAACAUGAACCUCCCCGGCGUCGUCGUCGAGCUGCCCGUGCUCCAGGACAAGGACACGAAGGACCUGGUGGAGUUCGCCUGCCCCCAGGGCGUCGACUUCGUCGCCGUGUCCUUCGUGCAGUCCGCGGCGGACGUGCAGACGGUCCGCGCGGUCCUCGACGGCGCGGGCGGCAAGGCGAUCAAGAUCAUCUCGAAGAUCGAGAACCAGGAGGGCCUCGCCAAUUUCGAGGGCAUCGUCGCCGCGACGGACGCCGUCAUGGUCGCCCGCGGCGACCUGGGCAUGGAGAUCCCGCCGGAGCGCGUCUUCGUCGAGCAGAAGAUGAUGAUCGACAGUUGCGGCGCGGCCGGCAAGCCCGUCAUCGUCGCGACGCAGAUGCUGGAGUCGAUGUGCGGCAACCCGCGGCCGACGCGCGCGGAGUGCUCCGACGUCGCCAACGCCGUCCUCGACGGCGCCGACGCCGUCAUGCUCUCCGGCGAGACCGCCGGCGGCAAGUUCCCGCGCGAGGCCGUCGCGAUCAUGGCGCGGACGUGCGUCGAGGCCGAGAAGCAGGUCGACGUCGCCGCGGCCUACCUGCGGGCCCACGCCCACCUCAAGCGCGGCGCCUCCGGCGCCACCGUCGUCGAGUCGACGGUCGCCGCGGCGACGCAGGCCGCGCGCGACGCGGGCGCCAAGGCCGUCGUCGUCAUCGCGCAGACCGGCGCGACGGCGCAGCUCUUCGCCAAGUACAAGUGCGCCAUCCCGCUCGUCGUCGUCACGGCCCACGCCCACGUCGCCCGCCAGAGCCAGGCCCUCAUCCCGGGCUGCCAGGCGCUCCACACGCCCGCGCUCACGAACUACGGCUACGACGCGUCCGGCGACGACGAGGCCGCCAUGGUCCUCGAGGGCGCCAAGUGCGCCUUCGCGCUGGGCCACCUCGACCACGUCGACGACAUCGUCUGCGCCGUCCACUCCUACAAGGUCGGCGUCACCAAGAACAUCGCCAUGCGCUUCUUCUACGCGGGCGCCGCGCUCUCCGCGCCGCGCCUCUAG